UUACUUCAACACUUAUCAGAACAAAACUUCACUUACUUAAUUAUUUGUAAAGUAUUUAUAAUUAUUAUUAACUCAUGACACAUUUAAAUCACUUAGAAAACUAAUUAUUACUUCCCGGCUUCGAAACGCGUCUACCGGCUGCCGCGUCGCUGCGCCAUUUUGAUUUCAUUUUAAAUCACGCGCAGGCGCAGUCAUUUUUCAACGCGCGGUAUUUUAAAAACUGACCGAGGUGGCGCCACAGAUUCAAAAUGGCGUUUUGUUAUUGAAAUUUAAUUACGUGAUUAUUGUUUAUUGUUGAUUUAAAAAAUGAUAAUUUUUUAAUAAAUGAAUAGAUAAACAAUUAAAGAUAAUUAGUAUAAAAAAUAAUAAUAAUGUAAAAAAUGGUGAGGAACAUAAGAUGGUUUUUAUUAAAUAAUUUAUUUAAAAAUAACCCCAAACUCGGCUUUUCUGGGUACAUAAAAAAAUAUAGAUCAUCACCGAACAUCUAUAAUUACUACAAAUCAGCUGAACAAUCAUCGAAUCGUCUAUCAGCACCAGUUCACUACGACGUAGACUACCACGAUGUUAAAAGUUUUAAACAAUUCGUCGAUGAAUCGUCAAUGGAAAGUGAGGAAGCCAUCGCUAUACUGAGAAAAGAGUUUCAAAUCCCAAACGAUAUCGCUAGGAAGUCUGUGAAAGAUUUUGAAAUUUUUCGGACACUGUCCAAAGUAACGAUUAUCAAAAAUCAUGAUCUCUUGGUUGCUGCUGGUGUCGAUAAAGAGCUACUCAAAAUUCAUCCUUACGUACUUGCCAGCACGACUGAAGAUUUGGAGAAAAAAAUAGCUAGUUUCGAAACCAUGAAGCUGGACAUCACUCAAGCACUUUUGCUGUUCAAAUUCCAGGCAAGAAGAUUAGUGCGGCUGUCAGUUUUAACUGAGUCAGACAAAACAAUUAUUCCCCAAGAAUUUAAAAAUCGGAUUGAGUACUUGGCAAAUCGGUUCGAGUGCAGUAUACAGGAAUUAUGUCAAAUUUUAUUAAUGAAUAAAUAUUUUUUGACCUUGAAUAUGAAAAGAAUAUAUGACAUCACUGAACACCUCCGUGAGGCUGGUACCAGGGGAAAAAUGAUAAGGACAAAUUUAUUUUUAUAUGGGCACAAAGUACCACGAGUGUUAGAAAGAAUUGAAAAAGCCCGAUCUUUUGGAAUGAGGCACGUGAAGCCAUGGGCAGUGCGCUGUCCAGACAAAGUAUUUGCCAGAAUGGAGGAAAAUGCUAGAUGCCGAAUCGAGUACUUGAAACCUCACACUAGUAUUAAAGAAUACAUCAUGUCAUUAUUUAAUUGCGACGAGGAUUUCGUUGAGGGUCUAUUCCGCAAGGAUCCGUCGCUCUAUAUGAGGAACAUCAAGACCCUGACGGGCGUGUUGUUGUUCAUGCGCGAAAAAGGGUACAAAUUUGAAAAUGUAUAUUUAGGAACACGAGCACUUCACUGCCGAGAAGAAUCCCUGCGUUAUAAAUAUGAAAAAUGGGUUAAGCACGACCUAGGGCAGCCUUCUCUGUCCAUUAUCUCUUCUUCGAUUACCGUCUUUGAGAUCUACUUCAACAAAAAAUUGCAGCAAAAGUCAUUUAAAUCGAAUGAUCGUGAACAUUCAUAUCCUUAAUUAAUAUUAUUAUUAUUGAAAAAUACAUUUUUUUAUAGAUGUGUAAAUAUUUUUACAUAAUUAUUUUUAAUAUUUUGAUUGUUUAUUUCACUUAUAUAUAAAUAAAUGUAUAUAUUUAUAUAUAUAUAUAUAUAUAUCUAAUAGUCUGAUAACUAAAAUAAAUUCAAAGGCCAUAUUUAAU